AUGGCCGAUCCUUUUGAAGUGCGCAUGCGCUUCACCUCUCAGCUUCAGCAUCUUAAUGCUUCCGUAGCAUCUGCGCAAAAAGCUGCACAAUAUGCGCUUCGAUAUAGGGAUAUGGAUGAGGACUUGCACUCGUGCAUUCUCGAACAGCUGGAAAGAGUGAAUAACAUGAAUACAAGGGCCAAUAUUAUGUACUUUAUUGAGCAUUUCCUCGACAUGGCACAACGCGACGGACAUCCAGACUAUAUCCGAAUGAUGCAACGAGACAUUAUUCGUGUUGUCGAUGCUGUUGCUCCUGAUGAUCGAUCCGGCGCUGCCAACGUCAGAGUCGUCCGAAAAGUUUUACAAGGGCUCCAAGGGAAGGGCUACCUGGAGUCACAAGCAGUAAUUCAGAUUGAGGAUGUUAUCAAAGAGCGUGAAACAAACGCAGCAGACCUCGCCUCACCAAAUGGAGAUGUUGAAAUGACGGAUAUACCGCCUUCCCAGACCAUACCCAAAUCAGACCGACGAGGCGCAUCGAAUCAAUUUGACAAACGUCAAAUAGAGCAGCGAAUCGAAGAAGACCGAGAGCGUCACAAGCGCGAGCGCGAAAGUAUAUGGGCUAUCCCCAAAACCGAUAAUGCUGAGAUGAAUCGAUUAUGGGAGGAGACCAGUGAUUUCGGAGAAGACGAUGAUCGCCUGAUUAGUGAAGAGCAGGGUGACUUUCAGAAGGAAAUGGAAAUGCAGUCUGGCUGCCAUCAUCAUCGGGCGGCAAAGAAUGGUGACCAUCAUUAG